AUGUAUUAUUCUCCAAAGUCUGAAUCAGUUGCUUGUUUUCUUUCAAGAGAAAUGGCAUCUCCAAACACAAACCAGGAGAAAGCAGGGGUGGUUGGUCGAGUAUUGGCCAUGCCAAAAGUUCUUAAGGAGAAGGUGCUGGGAAUUUGUAGGUUAACGAAAGAGAUAGCCCAAGAUGAUCCUAGAAAAGUGAUUCAUUCACUAAAAGUGGGGCUUGCAAUCUCACUGGUUUCUCUUUUCUAUUACUAUCAACCACUGUAUGAGAAUUUUGGUCUAUCAGCAAUGUGGGCUGUGAUGACUGUAGUGGUGGUUUUUGAGUACACAGUCGGAGCCACUCUAGGAAAAGGUUUGAAUAGGACAAUUGCAACAUUGGCAGCUGGUGCUCUUGGUGUUGGGGCUCAUUACUUUGCCAGCCUUUCUGGAGCAACAGGGGAACCAAUACUGAUUGGUGCAUUUGUCUUUAUGCAAGCUGCCAUAGCAUCAUUUAUAAGGUUUUUUCCGAAAGUGAAGGCAAGAUAUGAUUAUGGGAUGCUUAUAUUCAUCUUGACAUUCUCUUUGAUAUCCGUUUCUGGUUUUCGAGAAGUUGAAGUGUUGGAAAUGGCACACAAGAGGCUUUCGACCAUAUUUAUAGGGGGUUCAGCUUGUGUGAUGAUUUCCAUUUUUGUUUGCCCUGUGUGGGCUGGUGAAGAGUUCCACUAUUCCAUUGCUCACAAGUUGGAAAUACUUGGCGAUUUCUUGGAAGGUUUUGUACGUGAAUACUUCAAGAUAUCACAAGAAGGAGAAUCUGAAGACAAAUCGUUUAUAGAAGGUUAUAAAAAGGUUCUCAAUUCUAAAAGUAUUGAUGACUCUUUGGCCAAUUUUGCAAAAUGGGAGCCAGGUCAUGGCAAGUUUAGAUUUCGUCAUCCUUGGGACCUAUACCUCAAUAUUGGUGCUCUUGCUCGCCAAUGUGCAUAUCGAAUGGAAGCACUAGAUGCACACAUCAAUUCUGAUAUCAAAGGGUCCCAGGAAUUUCGUUCCACCAUCCAAGAGUUGUGCUUAGAUAUGAGUUUGGAAUCUAGCAAAGCCUUUAAGGAACUAGGAUCAUCGAUUAGAACAAUGAGUAGGCCAUCUUCUUCAGACACACAUGUUGCGAACGCAAAAGCUGCAGUGAAGAGCCUCAAGUCAUUGCUCCAAUCAUGUUCAUGGAAAGAAGCUGACCUCUUAUCACUUGUACCAGCUGCAACAGUGGCUUCACUACUGAUUGAUAUUGUGGAAAUCACAGAGAAAAUAGCAGAUUCGGUGAAUAACCUCGCCACCCUCACAGAUUUUGAGGUUGUAGAUACAGAUAAAUCCCCUAAAGUACCAUCACAAUCUUCACACUGUGAAUGUGAUGAACCGGGUCCCAAAACUGAUAAUCUCCAACUCGUUAUUCUAAUUGAGGAGUCAGCACGAGCUGUGUCAGAUAGUGAAAAAUCAAACGUAGUUUGA